UUGUUACCUCCAUUCUGUCAUUUGCCAAAAAAAGAAAGAAUAAUAAUUGCAAAUUUAAUUCUAUUAAACCUGUGAUCAUUUCCUUAUUAUUUCGUUUCAAAUGUUCUAAAUACACAGGACGCAAAUGAUUUUCAGAGAUUCAUGAAUACAUCAUUGCUUGUUUUCGUUUUGUUUGCCGAUUUACAAAUAAAAUAAUACAAUUAAAUACGGUCGGGUGUGUGAAGAGGAGUCAGUUCAUGUGAAUAUUGCAAAAUAAAGAUGCAGAAAUCAUUUUAAGUGCUCGCUGUGUUUUUGUAUCGUUCGUUGUUGACUCCUUCUCAUGGUUAAUUCCUAAAUCUUCUUUGAAAACGGAUAGAAUAAGAAGAAAGCCACAAGUACGUGUCGAAAAAAAAAACAAACAAAAUCUGUGUAGAAUUAAAUAAAGGCAUAGUGACGAUUGCAACAACAAACACUACUCAAAUAACUGCACACAAGCUCGGCAUUUAGCCAAAAAAGUUAGAAACCAGAACAUUAAACUCUUGUUUAAAUAUCAACAAAAAAAAGCAGACGGGUCAUAUUUGUAGCAAUGACAUCCACAACAAAUUCAACAACAUCGUCUGGAGGUGGUAGCGAAUCGAGCAAUGAGACGACACCGUUAGAAUCCUCCUCGUCGUCAUCAUCAACAUCCUCGACGGCAUCAGCGUCUGUGCCAAAUAAUAUUGAAUUGGAGUACAAUAAAAUAUCAAAAGAUCGCAACGGUUGGCAACGUCUAUACCAGGAAAUUCGCGAAAGAUGUGAACGAGAAGCAAAUGAAAAACAUUUUUGCACCAGUGAAUCAGAAAAAUCACACAAUCGUUGCUUAAACAGAUAUCGCGAUGUUAAUCCCUAUGAUCAUUCACGAAUUAUAUUACAUAGAGGCAGUGUGGAUUAUAUCAACGCAAACUUGGUUAAGAUGGGAAGAGCAGAACGAAAAUAUAUCUUAACACAGGGACCCCUAGUGGGUACAAUUGGACAUUUUUGGUUAAUGGUUUGGGAACAAAAAUCUCGGGCUAUUCUAAUGCUAAACAAAUUAAUGGAAAAGAAACAGCCAAAAUGUCAUUUGUAUUGGCCGGAGCGCAAGGGGCCGGAAAAUGCAUUGAAAUUGAACGAAGUAAAACUAACCGUGGAGUUUUUACAUUGGACGGAGUACAAAAAUUUUUGUGUUCGAUGGUUCAAAUUGACUGAUCUACAAUCGAAUCAAAGUCGAAAUAUUAUACAAUUCCAUUAUACAACAUGGCCCGAUUUCGGUGUGCCAAGUUCACCUGUUGCUUUUUUAUAUUUCCUUAAAGAGGUACGUGCUUCAGGAGCCUUAGAUCCCAACGAAGGACCUGCAGUUGUGCAUUGCAGUGCUGGUAUAGGUCGUUCGGGUACAUUCUGUUUAGUUGACUGCUGUCUGGUGUUGGUUGACAAAGAGGGUGUAAAUAAUGUUUCUGUGCAAGAUGUUUUGUAUGAAUUGCGAAGGUAUCGCAUGGGAUUGAUACAAACCGCCGACCAAUUGUAUUUUUCAUAUCAGGCCAUUAUUGAAGGCAUUAAACUACUUAAAGAUCAGAACUUUAUGAAUUAUAAUGAAGUGGUGUACAAUUCAGUAGAAGAUCAUUGCCAACAAAAUGACGAAUACAAUUUGGAUGAAACUCCACCGCCUUUACCACCGCGUACUCAUUCACUUCUACCUAUGGCUGGUAGUGGGGCCGAUGGGUCUCUACGUUUGAACUUAAUGGGUAAUAAUUCUCAAAACAAACCUUUGCCCAAAAUACCGGCCAGUGUUAGUUUCAAUGAUGACUUGUAUGCGCCCGAUAAUGACAAAACCAACAAGGAUGCUUUGAACAAUUUCAUUAAUAGUGAAAGAAACACAGAUGCUACAAAUAUGACACAUCGGCCCCUACCCCCACUGCCCAGAGAGAAUUCAUUAGAUCGUGUACAUGAAUCGGAUAGUGAUGAAAACGAAUACGAUGAGGAUGACAGAAAUGAUGAAAACGACAAUGAAGACCACAUUGUUGCUGAAGCAGAGGCAAAUGAAAAUGGGACUGCAACAAAACAUAAUCAUAGCAAAUCGCUGGAAAAUGAAAAUAAAGACCAAGAUUCUAAGAAACUAAAUGGUGUAGAGUCGACAGACCCAGUGAGUCCCGAUAACGAAUUGAGACGUCGCAAACGAGCCGAACGUCAAGCAAACAUCGAGCAAAAAGUAAAUGAAAUCAAAAGAAAACAGAGAGAAAACGAGGAGAACAAACAAACGGCGAAGAAACGAAGGUCAAUAAUUACUUAUAUAACAGCAGGUGUUGUUGUGGGUGUUAUCUGUGUUUAUGUCUAUUCGAAAUGGGCCUAGAUCUUUAAUUCCAUAAAUAUUACCCACGUAAUAUGUUCUUUCCCAGAGUCCUUGCUCCAUUUUGCAUAGAUCGCAUUGUCGAUGUAAGUGGGCAUACAAUAAGGAAGUGUUGUGCCCAAACGAGCCAACACACACACCAUUGGGAAGAAUAUAGAGUGAGAAUAUGGUAACGAACAAUAAAUUAAAAGAGAAAACACUUUUUGUUUUGCCACCUAUUAUUAAUAACAUCGACUAAAUGAAUUUUUCUACUUCUAUUUAAAUUAUGGAAACUGAACAACAAAACAUAUUAUUAAUAUUUACUUGUAAAAACUAAGUUUUUGCAAUUAGAACUUUUAUUAUAUCAUAUAACUUAGAGGAACGCACAUAGAGAAACAAAACCAUAUAAAACAUAUAUAGACACAGACGCUGCAGGAUAACACUUGUAAGAAGCACACACACACACAAGCAUUGUUUUCCAUUUUAUCAUGAUUUCUUUCAAAUAAAUUUGAUUGUUGCAAUUUUUACUACAAUCGUAUGGGCAUUAAAUUGGGCGUGUUUUACACAUACAUACACAUACACAAAACUUCAAAAUUGUUAAUAUAUUAUUUUUGAAUUGUAAAGAAACCAUGUUGCUAAAUAUUAGUUUUAUUGAGGUAUUCUUUUUUUAAGCUUUGUAAACAAAUUUUUUAAUGAACUCAUAUUUUGACAUUGUUUUGUUCCAUACAUUGAAUAAUCAUAGUUCAGCAUAAAAAUGUGAGCUUAACAAAUAAAACACGCCUCAUGUUGAUCGA